AUGAUGCCGAUGCAACGCAUAAACUUUGGAGAUCUAAACGACGGCAUUGACUGGGUGAACGCCCUCCCCCCUCAUAUUGUUGCACAACAAGAAAGUAACCGGGCCCUACGCGCGAGAGAGCAACCGCCUUCCUUAUUUAUGACGUGGCCUCUUCCGGAGGACAGUUUCCCUGUCCCAUUGUCAGUGCGAACGAGGCGAGAGCCUGAAGCCCGUGGUACAGGGGCUCAGGGCAGCAUUAGUCGACGUGGCGUGACAAACUUGCAAGUGGGGACCGUUCGACCGCAACGGGGUAGAGCACAACUGAGUCAGACUUUCUCGCACCACAAUCAGCAGUUAGUGCCUGGGACUUCACGACAAGUUUCGGAGCAAUUUGUCUCUCAACCACGAUCACAAGAGCUGCGGCGACAGGCUCCCAGUAUGGGUGAGGUACGUUCCACUUUUGCUCGAUUGGCAAGUUCUAUGAUGGAUUCUCAUAUUACCGGUAUGUUAUCGAUGGUUGAUGAGAUGAUGGAGAUGCAUCGAGGACCUUUUCAGGCUGCAUUAGAUGCAGCUGCUGCAUUUGAAGAGAGGAAUAUACAGAUAAUUUCAACAGAUGGACCCAGAGGCCAUACUGAAGACCCCAGUUACACUCGCAUUGAGGUGUCCAUGCAAACAUCAUCAAAUGCAGCACCUCAGUUUAGUGCUCGUGUGGAGAGGGGGGUGAUGCGGCCCGGUCAGCAUUCCCAUAGAAACAGAAGCGGUGCUGAAUAUGACAUUAUCACAGGACGUAGGAGGGUGUCAUUAGGCGUUGACGCUGCAGCAAACACAACCGGAGGGACACGCAGGGGUGGUAAUGACGGUGAUUGGGAGAUCAAUGAUUUUUCAUUUGAGAACUUGCUUCGGCUUGACGAAGGAAGAAGACCCACUGGUCUUCCGUUGCAACAGAUUCGUGGGAUGAAAGGUGUUCCCUACAGCAAUCUCAAAUCAAAAAACGAAACUGCGAAAGGGUCAGGAAAUGCGCCCGGGGAGCAUCGGGAAGAAUGUGCAAUAUGCCUAGAGGAAUUUUCCUCUGGAACGUUGGUUCUUAAGAUUGGCUGUGGACACGUAUUUCAUCAUGGUUGUCUUGUUAAAUGGUUCAAGGAAAGUAAUCGGUGUCCCAAGUGCAGAUUCGAAAUUCCACGCCAAGGGGAAAGGUUAAGAUAA